AUGGAUAGUUUAGAUAUUUUCGAGAGCCAGAAGGGCAAAGAAAAGUUGGCAUAUUAUAAGUUUAUGUAUGUUGUACACAAAGAAUGUAUACAUUUUAUAAGGUGGAAAUGCUGCAAAAAAAAUAGCCGCAAAUGUCCAUGCAUUUUAAAAACUUCUCUGGAUAAAAAAAAUUUAAUACAAAAUGAUCAUGAACACAGUCAGCUUUCCUCUCAAAAUGAAAUUGAAGCCGCAAAAAUUAAAAUGAAAAUUAAAACACUGGCAAAAGUAUCAAAAUCUACGCCUGCGCAGUUAUUUUCCGAAGCUAAAGCGGGUCUUUCAGACAAUAUACUUGAAGAACUUCCAAAGGAAAAAUCAAUAAAAUAA